AUGAAAAUAACAGGUAACCAGAGGAAUGACGGAGCCAAAAUGUGCGGAGAGACACCCGGAGACUCCUCGAUCUCUAUGGUCCAGAGAUGGAUGUCCUGGCUCUUGGGAUCAAGCUCCGGUUUCCAAGGCCGACAAUACGUCCUCCGCGAAGACGACGGAGGGAUCGUGACCCAGGGCCAAAACGUCUCCCAGGGUCAAGCACCAUUCGUGUGUCUCAUCAAGGUCACCAGGACGGAUGCGAAAACCUAUGGGUACAGCGGUUGCAUCAUCAGUCCGCAAUGGGUUCUCACCACAGCCUCCGCUCUGCAAGGACGAACAGCUGUCUCGAUCGUAGUUGGGUCUCGCACGUACGAUUCCGGAGGACAAACUUUCACUGUUGACCCCACGAACAUCAAGAUCCAUGAAAACUUCAGCUACUCAGACUCUGGUUCCUACGGCGAUGGGUAUGACAUAGCCCUGAUUAAGGUGAAUGGAAAGUUCAGUUGGAGCAACGACGUUCAACCCGCGUGCGUGCCGACCGACGACCAGUUCUCCACCAUUGCUACUCGACCCAAUUACAUCUACGGCUGGGGUUACUCAUCAUCCGGCUCGUACCACAACAAUGCAUCGUAUGCACUUCUUGAGGGAUUGACAGCAAAACAUUUCUUAAGGAGGCUAACAGCUGUGGGAUAG